AUGGCAAAAUGUCCAUCUGGAGACUCGUUUGAUGCAGCGCGCGGUAUUUGUGCGAACAAGUGCGAUUUGUGCGGUUGUGCAGGCGGUGACGAUCAGGCUACCAUGCCUGCAUGCUAUCCUGGCGAAGUAAUCUCGCGAGGGACAUGCCUGGACACGUAUUUGGAAUGCACCAAGCAACACACAUUCGAAAUUAGGCGUUGUUCUGAGGAGAAACGUUUCGAUUCAGUGUUACUGAUGUGUAAGAUUUAUAAUCAAGUUGCGGAAUGUUUUAUUGAAAAAGGUGCUGGAGAUGGCGCGACUGCCGGUGUAGUGCCUUCGCCGCCUUGGCCACAGUUUCAUGUGGACGAUUCUUUUCAGCCUCCAUCCGCACCGCCUGUUGGCUUGCAAAGUAUUUUCGUAAAUCCAGCUGAAGAAUCUGGACUAAAUUUUAGCCCUCACUAUGAUCAAACACCUCACUCAGAGCAACUAAUCGCACUACCCUUUACUACGGGCCACGAUGCUAGUGUACUUCUGGGUGCCAUACAGGGUGCGCCGUUGGGUAAUGUAUUUGUGCCGCAAUCGGCGCCAGUGGGGCCAGUAAUGAGCGCUUUUGGAAGUGCUACCGGGCCAGUAGAACAUAUCAAGGAUACUUUUCACGCGAUUCCAGCUCCACUUGGAAGUGUGUCAUUCAGUGUAGGUGGUACGAACUAUCUGGUAAUGAAUAAUUGA